AUUCUGCCUCUGCACCUCACCGGCUUCCUCCAUCUAGUGCUUUGAGGGUCAGCCUCAAAGAAAUCCGGCCUAAGACAGUCAACUAUAGCUUCUCAAUCCCUUUCAGACACAGUCUUGAUUGUUUAAAUUAUAGUGAAGUGAUUUUUGAGUGAUUUUUUUUUUGCGGGGGCAAAAGUCACGUCCCUAUAGCACUUUGCAAAAAAUUAGCACGUUAAUCUUUGUCAUAUAAAUAUAGGCCGAUGGUUAAAUUAGGAAAAGCAGUGGCCUAAUAAUAAGAAUGGAUAAUGGAUAUUCUUCUGAGGUCGGUGGCGGAAUUAUUUUAUACAGAAAUCUUGUGCGAUCCCUAUGCAAACAAGGCGAUGAUUGUACGAAGAGUGAUACUGAAUUCCCGAGUUGGGAAAAAUGGUAAUCCAGUGGCAGAAAAUUUCCGAGUAGAAGAAGUAAAUUUACCAGAUAAUAUCAAUGAAGGACAAUUACAAGUCAGAACUCUUUAUCUUUCUGUGGAUCCUUACAUGCAUUGUAGAAUGAAUGAAGACACUGGAUCUGAUUAUAUAACACGUUGGCAACUGUAUCAAGUGGUUGUUGGUGGAGGUGUUGGGAUUAUAGAAGAAAGCAAACACACAAAUUUUACUAAAGGUGAUUUUGUGACUUCUUUUUAUUGGCCCAGGCAAACCAAGGUUAUCCUAGAUGGAAAUAACCUUCAAAAGGUAGACCCACAACUUGUGGAUGGACACCUUUCAUACUUUCUUGGGGCCGUAGGUAUGCCUGGUUUGACUUCCUUGAUUGGGAUACAGGGAAAAGAUCAUGUAACUGCUGGAUCUAAUCAGACAAUGGUUGCUAGUGGGGCUGCUGGUGCUUGUGGAUCUUUAGCUGGGCAGAUGAAUCAGAUCAGCCACAUUGUCCUGUGUGGUCAAAUUUCUCAGUACAACAAAGAUGUGCCUUAUCCUCUUCCAUUAACCCCUGCUAUAGAAGCAAUCCGGAAAGAAAGGAACAUCACAAGAGAAAGAUUUCUGGUGUUGUAUAAGGACAAAUUUGAGUCUGGUAUUCUACAGCUGAGUCAGUGGUUUAAAGAAGGAAAGCUAAAGAUCAAAGAAACUAUGAUAAACGGAUUGGAAAACAUGGGAGCUGUAUUCCAGUCCAUGAUGACAGGAGGUAACAUUGGAAAGCAGACAGUUUGCAUUUCAGAAGAAACCUCUUUGUAAUCUCUAUAAAUGUCUUCAUCAAGGAAAUACAGUUUUCUUUCCAUUUUGCACAAAGAUUUUGAAGAUACAUUAAAAAAACCUUACAGUAUAGCUUUUGAUCAUAGUAUGAUCAUAGGUGAUAUUUUCUUAGUUGCAUAAUUCUUUCUUAUACCUUCAAUAUCAUAUACGUACUCUACAUCCAACAUGACUGUUUACAAUGAUAGAGUGAAGUCAACAUGAUCUAUUUUUCUUUCUUUUACUAAAACUAGUAUUACAUGUGAUAUUCUUAUCAGAUAUUCCGAAACCACUGGAGAUUUGAUACAGCUGUUAAUGGAUCACACAAAACAAAUUUUUUUAAAUCAAUAACUUUUAUUUAAAAUGGAAUGCUUGAGAAGGCACUUAGUAAAUAUUUGUUUUACAUAAUUCUUGAAUUGAAAGUUGGAGUAAGAAUAGAAUUGGGAUAGCCUUUCCAUAUUGUAGAUGGAAAAGGGACUUAAUGGCAGGGCGUCUGUGUAGAGGUUUGGGGGAAUUCAGUGUCUGGCACAUUUUUUGGGAUAGGAGAGUAGAGGCUUUGUGUGAGGAGUGGUAUGAGAAGGAAAGUAACAGGUUGGUUAGGUGGAUGGAGAGACUAGAUUUACUACAGAAGAUGAUCUGUUUGUGUUCUGCCAGUUUCCUGUAGAGCCUAAAAUCUCAAAUACUUAGUGAUAAAAGCACAUGUUUAUUUUAGGUUAGCAGGCACAUACUGUCAAAUGGUUGUAAAGAUUUCAAGGGCAAAUAAAUAUAAAUAUCACUUGGAGUUUUAGGUAAUCAAAAAGAUUUAGACAGCAAAGAGAGCUUCAGAAAAUGCCAGGACUGACUGGGAAAAUUAACAAAUGGUUGUAAAAACAUGAAUGUGCAAGACCUACUAAUGUAACUCUAAAUAAGAGUGUUUUAUUAAAUGUAAAUCAUUUAAACAUUAAAAUUGAGGAUAUUUUUCUGGGGGAAAAAAAAAAGAAUGGAUAAUGUUACACUGUUUCAUCACAAAACUGAUAACCAUCCAGCCUCUCAACUUUCCAAAAUCAUGGCCUACACAUAAAUCAGAUAUAGGCUAACUCAAAGGUUCCUGUAGUAUGAGAAAUACAUCAGUGAAAGACAAUUGGAAGUACAUUAUCAUAAUCAUAAAUAUUUUAAAGUUCCUAAGAGAGUAGAUCUUAAAAGUUCCCAUCACAACAAAAAACACUUUGUAACUCUGGUGAUGAUGUUAACUACACUUACUGUCCUAAUCCUUUUGCAGUGUAUACAAAUAUAGAAUCAUUACAUUGUACACCUGAAACUAAUAUAAUGUAUGUCAAUUAUACCUUAGUAAGUUUUUUUAAAAAAGCAAAACAAAAAUCAUGUUUAUUUGGGUAUAGAUGAGAGCGAAGAACAAUUUAUAUUAUGAUUUAAGAACUACAAGUUAAUUAUUUUUCUUAUUCUUUAAUGAGCUUCUGAGGCUCUUGUGUUCAAGGUACAUGUUUACCUAAGGAACAUGUGGUUAUCUCAGGAGAUUUCACACACUUAACUCGGACAAAGACAGUUCCAGAAGCUACAGUCAAGCCAUGCUGUACCAGUUCUGCUGGUCAGAGGGUCAGAGUUCAGUUCCAGAGUCACACCCAGAUUGCCCGGGUUGUUCUGGCUGCUCCAGGGACCAAGUGUUGUUACGGAAGCCUCUUCACCUCUAGGACCCCUCUUGAAGUAUGAGCUUAACCAUGCACAAGAUAGCAGAGGAUGUAACUCCUGACACUCUUUUCAAGUGCCAUGUGUUUCCUGACAGGGAGGUUGACAUAAUUAAGGAUCAGUCCCAGGGCCAAAGUCGGCAAACAACUCCUGUCAUUCAGAGCACAAAGCAAACCCCCCUGGCUGAGGGUCAGUGAGCCCACUUACACCAGUGAGUGCUGGGAAAGCCAGCUGCACCUUCCCCACUAUAGCAAGGCAGCCCCUUUCAUGCCAUUUACAUCCUUUCCCUGGCUAAGUACCUUCUGGCACUCAGCAAAUGAUUUUCCAAACAGACAUGGGCCAUUUUAAUGGGUAAAGUACAAGGAGGAUGAGCUUGGCCAUGUCCACCAUUAGAGAUUACAAAGGAUAUUGCCCUCAGGCAAAGACAGCACCCAGAAACUACGUGAAAUGAAUUUGGGGAACUGGGGCAAAUGCAAAAGUGUCCUCACAAAACUCCAGAGCUGCCCACCCUCAGGUGUGUAACGACACGUGCACCUGCCUAUAUACAGCUCAGCAGGCGUUUCCUCAGGGCAUCAAGUGGGAUCAGCAAAAGAACAACUGUUCUGUCAGGAAGUACCCAUAAUCCAUGGCUCCAAACACCACUGAUGAGAGGCGGCAGGGGCACCUGAGUGCAUGUAGCACACCCUCAGGGACACGGGAGCCGAGUGCACUCCACCUUUUAUUUUUUUAAUUGGGGAAUAUUGGAGAACAGUGUGUUUUGCCAGGGCCCAUCAGCUCCAAGUCGUCUUUCAAUCUAGUUGUGGAGGGCGCAGCUCAGCUCCAAGUCCAGUCGCCGUUUUUAAUCUUAGUUGCAGGGGGCACAGCCCACCAGCCCAUGCAGGAAUUGAACCGGCAACCUAGUUAAGAGCUCAUGCUCUAACCUACUGUGCCAUCUGGCCACCCCACUCCACCUGUCUUGCAAUGAUGGGGUGUCCUGGGCCCUUUAUCCCAGAUUCCUAAAAAGGGGUCCUUCAGUAGGUUAUCGCAUAGCUGAAAUUAGAACCUGCAAACACAAUCUGUGAUCCAGAACAAACCCAGUAGCCCUUCUGGGUUAGAACUGGCCAUAUGGUACAAAGUUGGAUUCUCCAUCCUAACGUAUCACAGCAGGCCUCAGGUGUCCACACGGUGCCACCAGAGCAGUGAGAGGUUCUCGUGCACACAUAUCCGAAUGGCAGUAGGUGGCGGUGUUUUAAUCCUCCAGAGCCCAGUGCCUGCCGCAGCUGUAACCCCAUUGAUGAGUGAGAACACAGGCUCAGAUCCUUUCCCUGGGACCCUGUUAGCAUGCUGAUGAAGUCACGGGUUGGGAAGAGCCCGUGCACAAGCGCCGGCAUGAAGAGGCUG